AUGCAUGCCCAAUCCCUCCUAACCCUCUUCUCUUUCUCUCUUCUCUCCCUCAGCACCUCUGUCGCCGCCGAAGACAACGGCCUUAAAAUUGAAAAGACUCACACUCUCGAAUGCGAGCGCCGUACCACGGCUGGCGACGUUGUUCAAAUGCAUUACCGUGGCACCUUGGCCUCUGACGGUUCCCAGUUUGAUGCCAGCUACGACCGCGGUCAGCCACUGGUGUUCACCAUCGGCAAGGGACAAGUUAUCAAAGGAUGGGACCAAGGCCUCCUUGAUAUGUGCAUUGGCGAAAAGCGCAAACUUACCAUCCCUCCGGAGCUGGCCUACGGUGAUCGCGGCAUAGGACCCAUCCCUGCCAAGUCCACUUUGAUCUUUGAGACAGAACUGGUGAACAUCCAAGGUACGAAGAAGGAUGAGCUUUGA